ACAUUGUCUGUGCGCACUGAACGAGCGCGACACAAUGCUCCGGCGGCGUCACCAUCAGCGCACCUUCAUGUGAUGUGGGCUGUUUGCGUCCGUUUGCUUGGAGAGCGUGCUUUGGAGAAAAUAACACAUCUUAGCUUUGGGCGACUCGGUGCACAAUUCAUCUGAGUUCGUGGGACGUGUUUGUACUCUAAACGAAAUACCCGCGAGUCAUAUCGUUAGUUAGUUUGUGCGCGCGCUUCGAGACGAUGUUAUAAAGCAACGCUUGGUGCGCGCUUCUUUAAAUGAGCCCGUACUGGAGAGCCACUGGGAGCCGAAACCAGGAACUAACUUAAACUACACAUCUCCAGCUGCUGUGUUGGAUCGGAGACGGCAUCCGUUGCUUCAGCCUUCCAGGCCAUGAGUGGUUUCAAGGGCCGGGAUGUGGAGAAACAGGGCAUCAAGCUGCCAAAGAAAUGGGCUGAUCAUAAUGACAAGAUCCCAACAGACCGUACGAUGGUUGUUAGUGGAGUGGUGGGAGGCAGAGACCCUUCAGACACAGCAGGAGGUCGGUUGAGGAAACGGCGCCAGCGCUAUGUGGAUAAAGACGGCAAGUGCAACGUCCACCACGGGAAUGUGCGGGAAACCUACCGCUACUUUACGGACAUCUUCACCACGCUUGUGGAUUUAAAGUGGCGUUUUAAUCUUCUCGUGUUCACACUGGUCUACACCUCCACCUGGAUCUUCUUUGGUCUCAUUUGGUGGCUCAUCGCAUACGCCCGUGGAGACCUGGACCACAUGGACGAUAACGACUGGACACCUUGCGUAAAUAACCUGAACGGCUUCGUCUCCGCGUUCCUUUUUUCCAUCGAGACCGAGACCACCAUUGGUUACGGGUACCGCGUCAUUACAGACAAAUGCCCUGAAGGUAUCAUCUUGCUUCUUGUGCAGGCCAUCUUAGGCUCCAUCGUCAAUGCCUUCAUGGUGGGCUGUAUGUUCGUGAAAAUCUCACAGCCAAAGAAACGCGCCGAAACCCUCAUGUUCUCCAACACGGCUGUGAUCUCCAUGCGGGAUAGCAAGUUGUGUCUGAUGUUCAGAGUCGGUGACUUGCGGAACUCGCACAUCGUGGAGGCGUCCAUCAGGGCCAAGCUGAUCCGCUCCAAGCAAACCAAGGAAGGAGAGUUUAUCCCUCUAAACCAAACGGAUAUCAACGUGGGCUUUGACACAGGGGACGAUCGGCUGUUUCUAGUGUCACCGCUAAUCAUAUGUCACGAGAUCAAAAAGAACAGCCCGUUUUGGGAGAUCUCUCAGGAGCAAAUGGCACGGGAGGAGUUUGAAAUAGUGGUCAUCCUGGAAGGAAUGGUGGAGGCCACAGGAAUGACCUGUCAGGCCCGCAGCUCGUACCUGAACUCAGAAGUGCUCUGGGGACAAAGAUUUACCCCUGUGCUUUCACUGGAAGAGGGAUUUUAUGAAGUCGAUUAUGACACGUUCCAUCACACCUACCCCACCCCAACCCCUUCGUGCUCUGCACGGGAGCUGGCGGAACUGGAAAAGAAAGGGGAAGCGAUCCCUCUGCCCCCUAUUUCACCCCCAGCAACCCUCAUAGAACCCAAGCAUCAGCAUCCAGAGGAGAUGCCUGCUGUGGAGAAUAUGGAUGGAGUAGCAGAGGACACUGUUAGCAACGGUGACGUGAACAAAAUGGAAUGUGGGCAGGAAUGAGUAUGGGAUCUGUGAUCUGCAAUCUUUGCUGCCCCCAUGUGGAUGGGAUGAAAAUAGCUGGAGAAAUAAAAAACUGACUGGCAGUUUGCUUGCUUUUGCCACAUAAACUCAUAAAACUGCUAAAAAAUAGGCCUUUAUGUUAGUAAGUUGCCAUUGAUACUGUGCUGAUACUGUUAAUAAAACCUUUUCAGAGAUAGCACGGAUAGAAUUUUAGGUGAUGAAAAUUCAAACUUCAAUUCAAACUUAAAUGCAAUGUGUUUAUUUAAGUAAUAUGCAUAUAUUUACAGCUUUGUACUGUACUUGCUUAACACAAACUCAGAACAAUCAUAAUUUCUACUUUAUUAGUGUGUGUAUACAGUGCUUAACAAAUUUAUUAGACCACCUGUCUAUUUGACUCAAAGAUCAUCCAGCAUCAUAAAGUGUAAGUAAAUAAUCAGUGUUGGGGAACGUUACUUUUAAAAGUAAUGCAUUACAAUAUUAAGUUACUCCCAAAAAAAGUAACUAAUUGCGUUACUUUUCAUGGAAAGUAAUGUUAACGUUACUUUUUAGUU